UACGUACUUGUAGGACUUAAUCCAUAUAUAUUUACGUCUUAUUUCUAAAUAUACUAUUUGUUCUCGUAAUAAUGAGAUUUUAAGUCUCAUGAAAUUAUACUUUUUUUGUAACAAAAUAUAAUUCUCAUAAACACGCGAGUUCUUCAAUAAUACGAUAAUAAGUAUAUAAUUUAAGACUAACUUGUAAAGAUUGUACGACCUUACUCUUAUACCUACACACUUCGUAUUCCUCAAAGUGGUCCUAGGACUCGGUCAUUGUCGGCAGUGGUCAAGUGUCACCUCCAGCUCCACCCACAAUUUCACGCCAAGUUUUAAAACUCCUGCCCCGUCUCCUGCUUAAUGUCCUUCCCGUGUUCAGUGGAGCAGGGUCUCCUCGUAAAUCUCCUCCUUCUAGUCCUCCUUUUGAGUAUUAAUUUUAAAUCAAAAUGGCAGAGAUGACGCAGUGGACAAUACUCACCGUAGUCUUGUCAUUAUUCUCAACUUUACAUGGACAAGAACCACAGGCUCCCACUUUACAGACGUGCUGUCAGAAUGGACGGGAUGCAGCUCUGAGAGGACAAGACUGUACAAUACUGCCCCCCAUUGCCCACUCACACACCUGCAGUAUCGCCCAGGAGCAGUGUUGUACAGCAGAGAAGAUAGCGAAGCUCUGUGACCACGGAGUCGAGUUCGCUCGAAAUCAGGGAGUCUGUGAGCGACCGUUCUUCAAAGGAAAAGGCUGGGAGACUCAAAUCUCGAAGACGUGUUGCGAUUGCUGCAUGCUGGGCCUGUCGGCAUUAGAUCGUAAUAAAAACUGCGAUCUUCAGGAGUUAUUUUUGGGGGACCGCUGUGAACACACGGCUAAAACCUGCUGCAGCCAAAACACCACAGAAGUCCGACCAAAGCCUGAAGACUCCGUCUGCGCUCAGCUGAGCAAGAACGGCACCUGUGGCUGCCAUGACGGUUACCAACUGAAGAGUGAUGGAGUGAACUGUCAGGAUAUCAACGAGUGCCUCACAGGCGGUCACGACUGCGUCUCCGGUCAAACGUGCAUCAACACACAGGGUUCCUUUCGCUGUCAGAGACAAAGUAGCUGCGGCACAGGGUAUGAACUCAGGGACAACAACAAAUGUGAAGACAUUGAUGAGUGUACUUUAGGGACCCACGACUGUGGUCCACAGUUUACCUGCACCAACACCGCCGGGUCGUUUCGCUGCCACCCAAAGGAGACGUGCUCCACCGGAUUCAUUCAGGAUGCUGCCGGCAGCUGCAUGGAUAUAAACGAGUGCGUGGCCAACGACAGUCCCUGCCAUGCUGGCCACACUUGUAUCAACACACGGGGUUCCUACAUCUGUCGCAGGAACAUAGUCUAUUGCGGGAGAGGAUAUCAUCUGCGUGAGAACGGCACGCACUGUGAAGACAUUGACGAGUGUCGUACAGGCAGCGUGUGCGUCGGCCACGGCUGCACAAACCUGCUGGGUUCGUACCGCUGUGAGUGCAGAGCUGGGUUCACGUUCAACAGCAUCAGCAGAAUGUGCCAAGACGUCAAUGAAUGCAGGGGACAUCGACUGUGCGCACACAGGUGUGAGAACACGGAGGGUUCUUAUCGGUGCAGCUGCAGCGUCGGCUUCAAGCUGUCCAGCGACGGCAGGAGCUGUGAGGAUGUAAAUGAGUGUGAGCAGAACCCCUGUAACCAGGAGUGUGUCAACGUCUACGGCUCCUAUCAGUGCUACUGUCGCCGUGGUUACCAGCUGAGUGACAUCGAUGGGGUGACGUGCAAAGACAUCGACGAGUGUGCUCUUCCUGCUGGAGGUCACGUGUGUUCCUACAGCUGCUCCAACACACCAGGAAGCUUCGUCUGUACAUGCCCUCCCAUUGGCUACAUCCUCAGCCCCAAUGGACGCACGUGUCAAGAUGUUGAUGAGUGUGCAGCUGAGAACCACAACUGCUCUGGCUCCGAGAGCUGCUUCAACGUCCAGGGAGGAUUUCGAUGUCUGUCCUUCCAGUGUCCAGAAAACUUCCAGCAGGUCACACAAGGCCGUUGCGACCGCGUUACAUGCGAGUUCACGCAGGACCCGGCGUCGUGUCUCUCGCUUCCCCUGAGAAUCUCCUUUUACAACAUCAGCUUCCCCAGCAACACGCCCGUGCCCACUGACAUUUUCCGCAUGGGACCGUCCAAUUCCAUCCCGGGGGACGAGAUGCUGUUGAACAUCACAUCGGGAAACGAGGAGGGGGUCUUCGUCGUACACCGACAGCUCCACGGAGGAGUGAUCUCCUUGCAGCACGUCCUGUCUGAGCCCCGGGACUACUUUCUGACCGUGGAGAUGAGGCUGAUUCGAUACAGAACGGUGCAUUUGUACAUGGCUAAAAUUGCAGUGUUUGUCACUCAGGAGCAGCCCGUUCGACCUUCCUUUUUUGUUAGAUAAUCAGCCUCUCUUAAAUUCAUAAAAAAUAUUCAUAUCUGUUUUUUAAUACUCGUGUCUUUAGCCGUUUUUUUUCACCUCAUAAUAUUAGCAGUAAAUUAUGUUAUUUCAAAUAAUUUAUAUAAUCUGAACUAUAUGUUACUUACAAAACAUGUUUUUUUACAACAUUUCUUUCACCACUAGAUGGAGCUGAGUGGCUGUUGAAGCGCUGUUACAGCUGCAUAAAUACAGUUGCAGCUGAGGCAUUCCAUGUAUAUUAGAGGCAUCUCAAUCUACCUCACGUUUCUCUGGCAGCUUCCAUUUGUUUGUAUGUGCUCGAGAUUAAAAAUUGACAUUGAAAAAAAAUCUUCUCUCCCUUUUAAUAUCUAAUGCACACACCGGCCACGGUUUCCGCCGCCCGCUCUGGUGCUUCGUCUGCUGUGGUCACGUUUAAUGUAGAAACCCAUUUUUCCUUUAAUCCCGUCCAAGCGGCUCCUCCAUACGAUCAAAAAAACCUCGCCUUCGCGGACGGCAAGAAAAAUAAGUGUGGCACUUAUUUAUGGGCCCCGGGGCCCUGGUCAGCGUGGGCUCUCAAUUAGUGGUGGGGCAGCGUCACAGCUGCUGUGAUGGAUGGUGCUUUUAGUGUUGGUGUU